AUGGUAGCCCGUUGGGUUACCGGUUUGGAACUUAGGAUUUCAUUGAAUAUGCUGGAAUUCGUAGUAGGGUUUUUGCUAGGUUGUGAACUUCUUGAUCUGGUUAUUCAUGAACAAUGGCCAAAUAUUAUUGCCUCAUCAUAUUUGCAUGCUUUUCUUUUUGUUCUCUCAUUUGAACUGAUUCUCGUCUGGGGAUCAGCUCCUGAUAAAUGCAGUCCAAUUGUUGCCAGCGAUUCUGAUCUGAUUGAAUUUGCUCUCAACCUUGAAUUCUUCGAGGCUGAGUUUUUGUUGCAUGGAGCACUUGGUAAAGGGCUGGACUCUCUAAAUUCAUCAUUGGCCCAAGGAGGCCCGCCUCCAAUUGGUGCUCGGAAGGCCAAUCUGGACCCACUUGUCCAUAGAAUCAUCGAGGAAUUUGGUUACCAGGAAUUUGGUAAAAUUGCGUGCAGGGCCAUUGUUAGUAGGACAAGAGGGAUUCCGAGGCCUUUGCUGAAUCUCAGCUCUGAGAGUUUCGCAAGAAUUUCCGACCAAGCAGUUGGUUUCAAUCUGAGACCUUCAUUUGGCCCAUAUGCGAAUACACUCAACUAUCUCUUAGCAGCCUAUACAAUCCCGUACGUUGGGCUAUCAGGCUAUGUUGGCACCAUCCCACGCCUUUUUCUUCCUUCUUCCCGGAGUUUGGUUGCUUCACUUCUAGGGGUGGAAUCAGGCCGGGACGCAGUCACCUGCGGAGCCAGAAUUUUAAUUUAAGGGGCCUGUACUAAAUAUGUAAAA